AUGCUCAACUCCCUUCGCCGCUCUUUCGGCAUGAGCCCGAGCUCGUCCAGCAUCCAAGCAGACUUCUCUGGCAACGACAAUGUCCCGACUGGUGUUCUGUCGCCUUCAAACAGACCCAACACCUUUGUACCUUUGCGUCGGUCCAACAGCUUCACCAACUUCUUCUCCUCUUCUCGCCCUUCCUCACCUGCGAAAGAAUGCUUCGAGCAAAGUAGUACAGAUGCUAUCACAUCUCCCGCCAAGGCUUCUUCCUCUUCAGCAGCACAUGCGCAGGUCGAAUCCGACACAGUCCUGGCAUACCUCCUGCUUCUCGACAAAAAGGGAAGGCAGAAGGAACGCUUCCCUAUCCAGAGCCCCAAGACUACCAUGGGUCGAUCGAUCGAUAAUGACGUCCGCUUCCUCGCCAGCGAUGUAAGCCGACACCAUUGCACCAUCGAGAUCGAGAUCAAGAAGGAUCAGGAAGAUGCAGACGGCGCAAGGGCAUUCUUGCAAGUCCUGGGUGCCAAUGGUGUCCUUCUCAACGGCCGAAAUGUAUUCCCAGCGCCGAAAGGAGCUGGCCGAUACGAGCUGCACACUGGAGACUCAAUUCUUGUUGCACAACGCUCCUUCAUCUUCGAGCUGGCUCCACCUGCUUCUACCGAGAAAGCAACGUCCAACCUCUUCUCCUCACCAGUUAAAGAUAGCGCACAAUCUGCUGCACCUUACACACCUGCCACCACGAACCGUAGGCGCGUACGGAUGAGUCUUGUUAACGCAGCUCAGAUCAACACUCCUGCGAGAAUAUCCAACAAGUUGACCUCCCCAGCCAAGACUGGCAAUGCUGAACGGGAAGCGCGCAGGGCCACAGGCCUCGAACGGUUCCUGCAAUCCGCAAACGUCAGCCCAUCCAAGAAGAAGAAAUCCCGUCAGAGCCUAACCUCAUCCACCUCGGCUGCCAACUUGUUCGGCACGCCUGCCAAGAGCCGCAUUGCACUGGUGGAGCCAAGAACUGCGCCGCUCAAACAGGUCAGCUUCAGCCUGUACGCCAACUCAUACAACGGCAGGUUGAGUCCCGUCAAGCAGAUGAGGAUGAUGCCACCCCUCGAUACGAUGAACGAGAUGAACGAAGAGCAGGAUAGCUUCUUCCGCAGCAACAGCGAACAGCCGCAAGAAGAGCUCGAGGAGAUGGAACAGCAAGAGGACAACACCGAGGCUUCACGCGAUGAGUCGGAGGAAGACAUUGUCAUUGUUGAAGAGAUCGAACACGAGCGGGAGCAAGUCGAAGAAGAUGUCCUACUGUCGUCAAGUGAUGUGGAGGGAGCCAAUGCUGCGGUCGCACCCGAGGCAUACGCUGAAAACUCAGAGAACAUUCCUCCUGCGACUGCCAGCAGCAACUCCACGCCCAGUACCUCGCCAAGCAAGAGUGGCAGCCCCAAGCGCGCCAAGCGCCGCAGCAGCUUCUUUGGUCGCGCCGGUCCCUUCAGAGGAAUCAGUCUCGGCUUCUACGCCGAAGAGCGUAUCGAACCGAUCGAGCCCACCGAGGAGGCACAGAAACAACCUGUAGAGCACAAGCGCGAGCCUGAGCAGCCCAACGAGCUGGCGGAAGAGCCUGUCGAAGAGUUCUCGGAUGCCUCGGACUCCGAAGUAGCUCCGAUGGAAGAGGAGGAGCUCGCGCCUGUGCCCGCAGCAAAUCCUGUCGCUCGUCGUGUUAUGUCCGGUUCAAUUAGGCUGGGCAUCAGCAAGACGCCUUCUCCAGUCAAGCAUCAGCACUUUGUUGGCCUCACACCGCUUCCUCGCCGCCCUCGCCUCAGUCUCGCUUCUCGACGACAGGUUUCGCUGCGCACGCAAACAUUACUCCGAUCCAGCGAGGCCUACGCUGAUCGACUUUUCCUGCCUCCCCCUCCUCCGACGCCCUCCAGCGCUGGACCAUCGGGCCUGUCCAAGUCUAUGUCGAUGCCAUCGAACAUUUCGGCCAUGGCGUCCGUGUCAUCUUUGCCUGCUUUCGAUGCCGGAGAAAGCAUGCACUCCGACGGUGCUCAAGACAGCCAGACGCCAGUAGAUGAUUUUGAAUCUCAGCUCGAUCCUGCGCUGAGCGAAGAGGAGGUCGACACUGCUGAAUGGAAGGACUCCGAAGAUGACGAGGACGAAGUCGACCAGAGUCUGUCGGUUCUUUCGCGCUCGCCUUCAAAAGCACCUGCCUACACCUUUAGCCCAGUUAAGACUUCGACCCUGCCCCAGUUUGCCACUCCCCAGCUUGCUUCUAAGGCUCACUCGCGCCGCGUCUCGAUGCCCCAAGCUGGGGCUGCCGAAGCGAAAUCUUCGAUCCGCUCGGCACUGGUCCGCCUCCAGAUCAGUGGAGCUGGUGAGCGUGUCGUCCACGAACUUGGAUGCAAGAACCAGGGUGCUGCUGCCGACGUGACGCUAGAAAAACAUUCGUCGCCUUCCAAGGCGAGGAAAGUGGUCCGGGUUUCGGAUGUCGGUCUGCCCGCUUCAGACCUUUCGAUGGGCUUUGAUCUUGUACAAGAUGCUGAAGUCGAGCAAGAGUCGAACAAAAUCACAGAUGCGCUCGACCAGCUGUUUACGGGCGAGGACCAGGAGCUGACCGACGACGAGGACGAAGAAGAGUUCGAGGAGCAGGACGAGAUCGUACAGAUCAGCUCCAAGGCUCAAGAGAGCCCCGUACGACCGAGCAAAGAGGCCGUUGUCGCUCCUCUGCAGGUUCCUCAGACGCCGGCGGCGCUCGAUUCGGUGCGUCACCUCUUUUCUGCCUCCUCUGCAGCCCCUGCAACCCCCGACAUGCGUGGACUUGGCUCCAUGCUCAGCGCCAGCCCUGAGAAGGUCCCUACAUACGGAGCGUUGGGCGACAAGAUGCGAGCCAACCCGGACAAUGCCGAGCUGCUCUUGCCCUCUAAAUCGUCGUCUCCGAAGAAGAGGGUGGUACUCGGCGCUCCUAGUCCCGUCAAGGGUCGACGAGGCGUUCGUCGAAGUCAAGCAGCUGAAGUGGCUGUGGCUCAUCCAGCAACGCCCAGGGCGCUGGAGUCGCGAGCGGACCUUGCUUCGCCUGCUGUCACGCCCUUGCCAACGAAGGUGGAGGAGCACCAUCCUGCGUUCGAAGCGGAACUGCAUGUGACCAUCUUUGAUGCUUCUGCGAUGGAUGCAGAGAAUGAAGCACUGGCGAAGGCACUGUCGGAGGCUGCGGAGGAGGCUGCUGAGGAGGCUGCUGAGGCGGAAGAGGAGAUCGAACCUGUUACAGCAGUUGCCCAAGUGGUCGUUCAAGAGGAGGAGAUUUCUGCUCCACUGGAAAGCGAACAAAACACCCCAGUCACAGAGGCAGUGCAAGAUACGGAAGACGAGAUUUUCGACCAGAUCGCCAACGAAGCCGACGCCGAGGCAGUCUCUGUACCAGUAGAAGUUGCGACGCUCGCUGAUAAACAGCGAGAGGAGGAGGUGGCAAGCCCAGAGGAGCCAGCAGCUGUCGAAGCAUCCCCAUCAAAGACUCGAGCCUCUCAUCGAGGCGUGUCGUCCUCGCCUGCCAAGCGAAGGGAUCGAUCUGCUUCUCCAACCAAGCGUGCUCUUCGAUCCUCGCCUAUCAAGCGAAGUGCCGCAUCCGUCGCUCCGGCAGCUGCCACUGUUGCUGCUUCCGAAAUCUUCGCUCAAGAGACUGCGAAAGAAGUUGCAGAGGUGGUCACCACUUCAGCUGAACACAAGCAACAGGCUGAAGUGGUCGUUGAAGCGGAGAGCUCGUCCCCCACGAAGCCUACUCGUCGAACAGGCGGUCGCAAGGCUAAGCAAACGGCUACCGAAGCCAUCUCUGCUACGCUAACUGCACCGCAAGCGGCUAAAGCGUCACCAGAGAAGCCUGGCAGACGAGGCAGAGCAGCUGCUUCAAGGAGCACCGAGGAGGGGGAGGAGCGACAGGUCGAAGAGGGAAAACAAGGAGACGGGAAAGAUGAGGUGGAGGAAGAACCGGUCGAGGAGGCACCUAAGCGUGCGACACGAAGCCGCGCGACUCGCUCGACCGCUGCUACCACCGCCGCUAAGCCAGCACGAGCGACUCGCACUCGAACAGCCAAGUCGACCGUUGCUGCUGCUCCGGAUGCCUUGCCGUCUUCCAGUGCAGGAUAUGGAGAUGACGAGGCGAGCGAGGACGACGUGCCGGCGACGAGGAAGCGAGCGACUGCUGCUCGUACUCGUACCACCGCUGCUCGAACCAAGACAACCACCACUCGAACCGGCAAGGCUGUGGUGAGUGAGGCCGAGGACAUCGAGCACGCACCUUCGGAUGAGGAGGAACGCUCGGAGGAAGAGAAAGAGGAGACAGCUACAAAGUCUCGAGCUGCUUCGACUCGUUCGACUCGCGCUAAAGCUGCAACCUCCACCACUGCCACCAAAGCGAAGGGGAGAAUCAGAGCAGUAGCUCCUUCCGAAAAGGACGAUGCUUCUUCCUCCGCUGCUACUACGGGUACGACGACGAGAUCAGGUCGUACGACUAGACGGGCCGCUGCUGCUGCCAAGUGA